AUGGCGGUUCUAUUAGAAACUUCUCUUGGCCAACUUGUGGUUGAUCUGUAUUGUGAUGAAAAGCCGCGAACAUGUACAAACUUUAUCAAACUCUGCAAACUGAAGCACUUCAACUUUUGUCUUUUUCACUGUGUACAGAAAAAUUUGGUUGCUCAGUCUGGGGAUCCUAGCGGAACAGGUCAUGGUGGUUGGUCUUUUUUCAAGUACUUGUAUGGUGACCAGGCAAGGUAUUUUGAUGCUGAGAAAAAGCCAAAAAUAUCACAUACACGAAAAGGGCUGGUUUCCAUGGUGGACAAUGGAUCUGGACAGCAUGGUUCUCAAUUCUUCAUAACUUUGGGAGAUGAUCUUAGUUACCUGGAUAACACGCAUACAGUUUUCGGCUAUAUUGCUGAGGGAAUGGACUUCGUUGAAAGGAUAAAUGAGGUGUACUGUGACAAAAAUGGUCGGCCUUUCCGAAAUGUCAGGAUACAUCAUACAAUUGUUCUUGAUGACCCAUUUGAUUCACCGAAAAUGAUUCGUUAUCCUGACUCUCCCCCCUCAAUAAACGUCUCUACAUUUGACACUAGAUUAGAAGAGGAUGAAGAACUGGAUGAUACGGAAGGACUUUCACCUACACAAGUGGAGGAACUGAAGAUAGAGCAAGAAGUUAGAACUCAUACUCAGCUUCUUACAUUGAUAGGCGAUUUGCCAGAUGCUAAUGUUAAACCUCCAAAUAAUGUACUUUUUGUGUGUAAACUUAAUCCCGUAACCACAAGCGAGGAUUUGGAGAUCAUCUUCAGUCGGUUUGGUGAGAUCAAAUCAUGUGAAGUAAUUAGAGAUAAACGUACUGGUGCUUCUCUUCAGUAUGCUUUCAUAGAAUAUGAGAAAGAAGCUGAUUGUGAAGAUGCCUAUUUCAAAAUGGACAAAGUCGUUAUUGAUGAUAGACGUAUCCAUGUGGAUUUCAGUCAGUCGGUUGCUCGUGAAUGGCAGUCUUACAGAAAAGAUAAACUUGCACGUGUCCAACCUUCUGAGUCAAAAAAAUCACGAUACAUAAAACAAGCUUGUUUACCUAGAUCACCAGAACGAAAUAGUAGAAGAAAUUACCCCCAGCAUUCUCAUAACCAUGAAAAUAAGAAAAAGAAACAUAGUCCCAUAAGACGCAGAUCUCCAUCUGUAUUAGGUGAGGAAUAUGAUUUGGUAAUUUCAGAUGAGUCUGAUUCCUCAUCAUUAUCGGUAAAUUCCCGGGGGAAACCCAAACGGAAAGAUCAUUUAGGACCAAGUAAGUCAUCCAGAAAGCACCACAAAAAGCACAAAGAGAGAAAAAGCAAACAUAAAAAACACCAUUCACGAUACUAG